UCUGCCUUCUCUUCUACCACCGCGACCCACGCCAAACCCUUAUCCAUGGCCCUGAUCGAUCACCGCCGCUCUCUCCUUGCCGCAGAAAUUUACGUUGAUGAGGCUGCCCGACCGGUAACCGAUGCCGCCUCGGCAGCUGAGGCGGCGAAGCCCGGGGGCGGGGCCCGGGUGCUCUCCUUCUUCCUCCAGACCUUCGUCAUGGCCGUCGCCCUCGUGCUCUUCUUUAUUUUCGCCGGAGUAGCUGCCGUCUUCCUUCUCCACCUCUGCGUCGUCGGCCGCGCCUUCCGCAGUCGCCGUCGCAGCGUUGGACCUGCGGCGACCGACCGAGUACCCGGGGAUGCGCGACCCGGCCUCUCGGAUGCACAGAUGAAGGAUCUUCCCUGGUUCGAGUACGUCGUCCGGUCCGCGUGCUCGCAGUGCCCACCGCCUGAGUGCGCAGUGUGUAUGGAAGGGGUCAGGAUGGGGGAGAGGUGCCGAGCGCUCCCACCUUGCGGCCACGUCUUCCAUGUCUCCUGCGUCGACCGAUGGCUGGUGAGGUCACCGAGUUGCCCGAUCUGUCGUGCUUGCGUUGGUGCUGUGGCCGCGGAACCCCCAGUUGGUCGGCCGCUGGGGUUGGUUUGAUAUGUGGAUUUCUAAAUCACAUAGGAAUGAUCUCGGAAAUUGAGUGGAAGUAUGUGGCUUCUUGUUAAGAGAUGAUGAGAUCUCCUCUUUGCUCAUGGAAGGUGGAGUGAUGUGGUAAGAUCAGGCGGUCAAGUUAAUCAUUGCAGCUGAAGUUGACCAAUGAGUGUGGCUACGAUUUGGCUAGCAAUGGGGCCAAAUUUGUUGUGGCUAAAUGUGGCAAGUGAUGCAGCUAAAUUUGGCAAGUGAUGCAGCUGAUGUCAGUGAUUAUGUGGUUGAGAUCGAUGGCGAAGUCAACCAAUGUGACGGGGGUAAGACAAUUCCAAUGUUGGUGAGGCACGGUGAGGGAGGCAUAGUGGAACGACGAAUGGGCAGGGCAUGAUCAUCAACAAAGACUACAAUGGUAAUCUCGUCAUUUCAUUUAUUCCUAUCCCUCUUUCUCUUAAAGUAAACCAGUUGUUUCUCCUUUUGGAAUCACUCUAGGUGGAGUGUUGAUGCCAUAGUGGCAUAUCAAUCUGAGCUGGCAAGAGUUUGAAUCUUGGUUUAGAGUUAGAGUUUGCCAAAUGAUAUCUCUGUUGCAAUCUAGUAAUGUGAUCCUAACUGCAGGCCAGGCAUUCAAGGUGUACAUAUCACCUUAAAGUCGUUCAUUUGCAUCAUGAGUACAACGCAAGCCUAUAUGGAGGCAAGAAGUAGUAGAUCUUAAAAGGAAGAGAAGGAAGAAUAAGAAGGCGACCUUGACAUCCAAGCUUGACCAUGAUGCUCCCUUUGGUGCACUGGGAGGUCAUCCGCAAGCUCAACCUCACCUUUGGGCACUAGAAGACAACCUUGACAAUGCUUUCCAAACUUGACCAUUAUCAUCCCUUUGGUAUAAUUUGGGCAUCUAUAUCCGUCUUUUGCUCCAUCAGCAUGCUUUUGGCCACUUUAGGUGCAAGCAUUAUAAAGCUCUUCCUACUUCAAAACUCUUUUCAAGUAAUUAAGGGGGGAAGGCUAAAUGCCCCUUUCCUUUCCCUCUCCACGUAAAGGCUGAGGUAAACAAUCUCUGAAAGUCAAGGGGUGGAUUAAAAUUUUGAAAAAUCUGUUAUCUCAAUCAGAAAGUUGAUAAGGUAUACAAACCCAAGUCAAGGCGCAGAUUAAAUUUUAAAAACUUGUUACCCCAGUUUAGAAGGAGAUACAAAUAUAAUUUAAAAAGCGAGAAUCGAAUUGCAUUUAUUUUUUCGUUGAUAUCAUCUGCAAUGUUGUAUUAUUGCAUAUGCAGAUCUAUUCGUGUUAGUCUUUUUUAUGUAUGUUCAGAUAUUUCCUGAAAUUUCAUAGUUAAAUAAAGAUAAACAUGCACCAUUUGGCUUGCUCACCCAAGUACUGAUUUCCCCUUUUGCCACAUGAUUUCCCCUUGUUUUUGUCUGAAAAUUCCCUAAUCAAAAGAGAACAAGGGCAUCCGUCAAGUAUUCCACUGAAGCCUGAAGAGUAGAAAUCCUCUCAUGAUUGGAAGUUUCAUCGGCAGACUUUUGCAGUUAAUUCACUGCCCAAUAGUGUUGACAUAAUCUCCUCAGCAUCUUUAUUUCAUCAGACUGAAAUUUGCUAUUUGUUUACCUGAUCACUAAUCAUUGUGGCAUCAUCAUGCUUAAUAGUUUAGUGGAAGAUUGUCAUGCUUGUUCAAAGUCCACUAGCUCCCAGUCCCACCUGCAAGCUUUUCACUCCCAGGUUUUCUUCCUUACGCUUCCCACUUGCUUCUUUUGAAAUUGACGUCUAGAGGUUUGUUAACACUUAUU